GUGGGGUACAACGGGGUGCGGAAAAGCCAGGGAAGGGACUCGGUCCGGGAACUUGAUCAGGGGCCGGAGACCUACGGGAACAGCGGCCCGGGACCCGCGCUGCCCCCAUCCCUCCUGAGCAGGCGCCCCCAUGGCCCGACCCCGCUGAUUCCUUCACUCGGCCAUGCUCCCGCGGCCCCUGCGGCUGUUUUGGGACACGAGCCCCCCCGGGGGAGUCGUGCUGAGCAGCUUCCGGAGUCGAGACCCCGAAGAGGGUGGGGGCCCAGGUGGCCGGGGCGUGGGCGGGGGGCAGGAGGAGGAGGAGGAGGAGGAGGAGGAGGAGGAGGAAGACGAAGAGGCCCCUGUGUCUGUCUGGGACGAGGAGGAGGAUGGUGCCACCUUUACUGUCACAAGUCGCCAGUAUCGGCCUGUUGAUCCCUUGGCCCCGAGGCCUCCCCCGAAUUCCUCCCGGAGGCUCCGAGCUGGCACUCUGGAGGCCCUGGUCAGACACCUGCUGGAUGCCCGGACAUCAGGGACUGACGUGACCUUCACGGCAGCCUUCCUGGCUACUCACCGGGCCUUCACCUCCACGUCUGCCCUGCUAGGGCUUAUGGCUGACAGGCUGGAAGCCCUUGAAUCUCAUCCUACUGAUGAGCUAGAGAGGACAAAAGGGGUAGCCAUCUCUGUGCUGUCAACCUGGCUGGCCUCUCACCCUGAGGAUUUUGGCUCUGAGGUCAAGGGUCAGAUUGACCGGCUUGAGAGCUUCUUGCUUCGGACAGGGUAUGCAGCAGGGGAGGGUGUUGGGGGGGGCGGCGCUGACCUCAUCCGCAACCUCCGGUCCCGGGUGGACCCCCAGACCCCCGAACUUCCUAAGCCCCUGGCCCUCCCCGGCGAUCCCCCUGCUGACCCCACGGAUGUCCUGGUGUUCCUCGCUGACCACUUGGCCGAACAGCUGACCCUGCUAGAUGCGGAGCUAUUUCUCAAUCUGGUCCCCUCUCAGUGCCUGGGGGGCUUGUGGGGUCACAGAGACCGGCCAGGACAUUCCCACCUCUGCCCAUCUGUCCGGGCUACUGUCAUACAGUUCAACAAGGUGGCAGGGGCAGUGGUCAGCUCUGUCCUGGGGGCUACCUCAACUGGAGAGGGGCCUGGGGAGGUGACCAUACGGCCACUCCGUCCCCCCCAGAGGGCCCGGCUGCUGGAGAAGUGGAUCCGUGUGGCAGAGGAGUGCCGUCUACUCCGAAACUUCUCUUCAAUGUAUGCUGUGGUGUCGGCCCUGCAAUCCAGCCCCAUCCACAGGCUUCCGGCAGCUUGGGGGGAAGCAGCCAGGGACAGCCUCAGAGUCUUUUCCAGCCUCUGCCAGAUUUUCUCCGAGGAGGAUAAUUAUUCCCAGAGCCGGGAGCUCCUCCUGCAGGAGGUAAAGCUGCAGCCUUCUCUGGAGACAAAUUCCAAGAAGUCCCCGAGGUCUGGCUCCCGGGGUGGGGGUGUGGUCCCAUACCUUGGCACCUUCUUGAAGGACCUCGUGAUGCUGGACGCAGCCUCCAAGGAUGAGCUGGAGAACGGAUACAUCAAUUUUGACAAGCGGAGGAAGGAGUAUGCUGUCCUUUCUGAGCUGAGGCAGCUCCAGAACAAAUGUCGUGGCUAUGACCUCCGACCUGACCCCGAUAUCCAGCGGUGGCUACAGGGGCUCCGGCCACUGACAGAGGCCCAGAGCCAUCAAGUGUCCUGUGAGGUGGAGCCAUCCAGUACCAGUGACCCUCCUGCCCCGCGGGUGCUUCGGCCAAUGCUGGUCAUCUCGCAGUGGACAGAGGUGCUGGGUUCUGUUGGAGGUCCCACACCCCUUGUCUCCUGGGACUGGCCCAGUGUGGGGGCAGAGGAGGUGCCUGGAACCCCCGCUCCACUGCUGACCCGGCUGGCCCAGCACAUGAAGUGGCCAUCUGUCUCAUCUCUGGACUCCGCCCUGGAAAGCACUCCAGCCCUGCAGAGUCCCGCUGACCCCAGCCACCUCUCUCCCCCAGCUUCCUCCCCGAGGCCUUCUCGAGGUCACCGCCGCUCAGCCUCCUGUGGCUCCCCGCUCAGUGGGCGUGCAGAAGGGGCCUCCAGGGGGGCUGGAUAUGGGGGAGGGGGGCCUGGGCCAGGGGCCUCUGAUUGCCGCAUCAUCCGAGUCCAGAUGGAGCUGGGGGAAGACGGCAGUGUCUACAAGAGCAUCUUGGUGACAAGCCAGGACAAGGCUCCAAGUGUCAUCAGUCGUGUCCUUAAGAAAAACAAUCGUGAUUCUGCGGUGGCUUCAGAGUAUGAGCUAGUGCAGCUGCUCCCAGGGGAGCGAGAGCUGACCAUCCCCCCCUCGGCUAACGUCUUCUACGCUAUGGAUGGAGCUUCACUCGAUUUCCUCCUGCGGCAGCGGCGACGGCCCUCCACUGCUACACUGGGCCGCGCCAGUGGCCCUUCUGCCUCGGGAACUCCCCCAAGUGAGGGAGGAGGGGGUUCUUUUCCCAGGAUCAAGGCCACAGGGAGGAAGAUUGCCCGAGCACUGUUCUGAGGAGGAAGCCCUGUUGGCUCCUAGAACUCAUGGUGGCCGUGCCAGAAGUGGGGAGCCAUCCUGAAUGGUGGCAGUUGCCGCACUGGGAAAAAAUCCAGAAGGAUGGCCAACCACCCUGGGGCAGUGAAGCGCCACUGGUUUGCCAGACAGCCAAGAUCCAGCCCUAUGGGAACUGGUAAUCUUGGUACCCAAGAUGGAUACCUGUGUAUAGCUUCCCACUUUCCAUGAAUGCAGCACACAGCUAGUGCUGGGAAAAGGAUCCGUUUCUGAUUCCUGGCCACAUCCUAGCAUGCUAAGGGCCAAGGAAAGGCCUGGAAGUAGGGGGAAAGGAAAAGCCUAGAGGCUCUGAGCCCCAGGGGAAGGGAAUGGUAAGAAAAAGGUUCUAGUAGGAGUUCCUCUUCCUAGUCUGGGGGUUCCUGUCACUGUGACAACACUAAUAAACCAAAACACUACCUGAACUCUACUCCCGUCCUUGCAGUGUGUACGAACUAGCUGCUUGGAGUGGGGGUGGGGAGUUGGCUGAAGGUAGACACCAUGGAAAAAGGGGGGCCCAAUGUUCUCUAUCCAUGAAGAGUUGGAAGCAAGGACUUGGUGGAAACGGUUUCCUCAGAAUGGUUUGUUCCUCCCCAGCAACCUCACCAUCCCUGGUCCCUUUAUUUGCUCUUACAUUUUUCUCCUCAGUUGCUAUAAACCCAUGUCAACUACUAGCCAUCCCAAUUAAAGUGAUCAGCAUGAAGAACACGCCUGGCUCUGAAUUUGUAAGAAACAAUUUUAGGACAAAGAAAUGGAAGAACAACUUUGUGGACAAUGUACAAACUGGGAGACCUUACAAUAUUACAAUGCAUUAUGUGCUGGGGCUUGAAAUCAGUUUAAGCUACACUCAAAUUCUAGGAAGAAAGAGACGAAAAAGAACUAAUAUGCCAGGGCUAUUUUGAGGAUGGCAAGAAAUCAUAGCAAAGGAGGGUCAUCAUGUUUCAUUCUGGGGUUAGAGAAUUGUGAGUUCUUCAAUAAACUCACUUUCCCUAAAAUUACUGCAUUGUAAAUGCCCUUUUCAUGUUUCCAACCAAGAUAAAGAAGAGUUAAGGGUUCCACAUACAGGUAAGAAUUAGGUUUGAGACAUUUCGGAUUUUAGUCUCAAGGAAGAAGGGUUACUCUGCCAU